UCUGAAAGCAUGUUAGUUGCAAAACCUUAACGUAGCAAUUAACUUUCUUCAUAAAAGGAUUGUGUAUCUCCAUUUCAAAGGACCAACUCCUUCUCCAGGUGCAAGAUUUAAGACCCUUUUGCCCUCUAAUCCAUUGAUCGUUUCAAUGGGGCAACGACUGUGCUCGAAAAUCCGAGAGUGCUUCCAAUGUUGCGCUCCGAAAUCUUCAGGUUUCUUACGAAGCAAUCGAGUUCGGGAACGUGGACCCACCAUUCUCAUCAAAACAAAUGACAUACUUAUUGUCUCAAGUGGCUUAAUGGAUAGACGAAAGGCCCUUCAAAUUCUGUCAACUGCUUUGAAUAAGUUGCUCAAUGAUUCAGAACCUUGUGGGAGUGGGCGUAGGUGCGCUUGUAUCGAAGUGUGCGAUUCUUUGAAGAAGCAAGGCAUCGUCUUUGAGCAUAUCGCCUCUCUAUUCCAUAUUCGGUCGUUAAAAGACACGUCAAAAUCCGAGGAUGAUCUUCCAAUCCAGAAGGGGUUUUGAAAAACUGAUCAAAUCCAUAUUUGUACUCACUGUCGUUUGUAUUGAUCAGUGAAGACGUUGUAGAAGUAACCUGUUGUCAUGUAAUUCUCAAUAUCUAUGCGACCUUUCACAAAUCUUUUGAGCCUCAUGAAGUGAACAAGAACAUAUCAAGUGAUCAAAUGCCGUGUCAUUGUAUGAAUUCGUUUUGUCAGGAAAUCUUUUUAAGCGAGUUUAGAUACACUAUAUCUAUCUCAUGUGUUGUAAAACUCAAGUUGAAGCUAACGCACUAUCAAGCAUGGUUGCCAAAUGUCAACUUCAGGUGCCAUUUUUGGGCAAAUGGCAACUAUUUUAAUUGGAUAG